ACUAGUAUCCACCAUCCACCACUCUUCAAAUGGAUAUACCAGUAACCUUAUUUUUUGUCAAAAAAAUAAAUAAAUAAAACUAAACACUUUCUCCAGUUCUUGAAAGAAAAGCAAGCUAUGGCAACUAGAGCUAAUUUCAACGUAAUUCCCACUAUUUGCAGCGUCGAGAAAAUUCAGAAACGAGCUCGAAUUGCAUGCUUUUUCGAUAAGAAGAAGGCCGACGAAGAAGAAGUUGAUCGAGAUAACUCGGUUCAAACUAUUACAAGAAGACUUGCAAUAGGAAUUUCCACAAUUGCCCUUUUCGGAACCGCCACCGUCGGAAAAUCGAUUGCAGACGACAAUGGUUUUUGGCUCAACGGCCCUCUACCGGUACCGUACGCUACCAACAAGAUAAACAACGAAGAAACGGGGACACGUUCGUUCUUGAGGAAGGGACUCUACAUAGCGGAUGUAGGGACAAAAGGGAGAAUUCACAGGUUGAAGAAAUAUGCAUUUGACCUCAUAGCUAUGGGGGAUUUGAUUGAACAGAGAGAUGCAUGGAAUUACGUUCGGAGGUAUUUGCGUCUCAAAUCCACUUUCAUGUACUUCGAUUUCGACGAAGUUAUUUCCGCAGCCCCCGUUGACGAUAAGAAGUCGCUCACCGAUCUUGCCAAUCGUUUGUUCGACAAUGUCGAAAAGCUUGAGGCUGCAGUGAGAAAGCAGAAUUAUCCAAACAUAGAGUCAUGUUAUGAAGAAACCACAACACUUCUAGAAGAAGUGAUGACUCGAAUGGCAUAAACCGGAAUUUGCGACGAAAAGCUGUUGCUAUAUAUUUGUAUGUUUCAGAUUUUAUGUACUCUGUAUUAGUAAAUAGUAAUUAGGAGAAAUUUUUACAAUGAGGGGGGUUCGGAUUAUUGGAAUUGUAUUGUUUAUUUCACAAUUUGAUUCGAUCUUCGAUUAUUUGUAUAAAAUUAUAAGUGUCGAUGUGA